AUGGAGGAAAGCUUCAAUGUGCGCGAAGUGAGUUUUAGAAAACCCCAAAUUUCAAAAGAAGAAAUCAAUGAUUUUUUGAAAUAUGAAAAAGAGGGCGGAUCAUUUUCCAGUCUGCAAACAUGAAAAAACAACAAAAAUGUUAUAUUUUUUCUAAACGCAUUAAUUCAUUUUGUAUACUUAUUUUGUUUUCAGGAACAGAACUCUGUUCUGAGUGAACAAAGCUUCUCAAGAUUAUCAACGAAAAUCGCCGGUCUUGAAAGUGAAUUGGCCAAAGCAACCAAAAUUGCUCAAAAUGCGAAGAUUCGCGAAGAAACUGAUAAGAAGAUUGCAACGGCUACGAAAAGUAACAUGGCUAGAAUGAAGAAAGAUUUGGAAGAUCGAAAUGUCCAGAUCGCUUCUAAUGAGAAUGAGAAGUUUAAGUUGACCGAAAGACUACACAAAAGGGAAUUGGAAGUCUUUGAGCUGAUGGAAAAAAAUAAGAAUUAUCAAAGCUGA